AGUCAUGUCGUUGACUGCGAACAACGCCAGCACUUGACAAAAAGGAUAGGCAGGGCAUUGGAAAGGAAACGGCAAAAGGCGCGAACUAGAUGUCAAAGCGGCGACAAGAGGAUGAGCUACCGCCAGCCGCCAAGGAGCGGCGAGGCGAUAGCGAUCGGACAGAACGUCUAGCAUGUUACCUAUCGGGACUAAACAACCAAUUUGCCAGCUGGGUAGCAACCCAAAAGGAAGUGAACCUUAACAAGUUUUGGAUCGAGGGUGUGCGCGACUACCUCCAACAUGCCACAAAGCUCCUGGUCGACUUCCAGGACGUGGUAUCUCCCGAUGGCGUGGCAACGCUGCAGCAGGCAGCUGCAGACGGCAACAAGGCAGUGGCCUCCGUAAGCGGCCGGCCAGCGGCAGCUGCCUUUGGGGCCGCAACCGGGGCCGGCGCCUCACAACCAGCCAGCAAAGCCCCCGCUGCUCCAGCAACCGGCUUCAUGUCGCCUCCCGCAGCAGCAGCAUCCACCUCCGGAGCCGCUGCCUCGGCAGCCGCACCCGCGGCCCCCUCGCUCUUCGGCUCCUUGGCCCCGAAACCAGCCGCUCCAGGUGCCGGCUUCUCCUUUGGCGCCGCAGCACAUGCGCCCUCGUCCGGGGCGCCGGAGAAGGAGAAGGAGGCCGAGGCAGCGGCGGCACCCAAACCCCUCUUUGCGUUUGGUGGUGGUAGCAAAGACACGGCUACAGCAGCACCUAAAGAUGCGGCCGACGGAAGCGGCAGCAGCAAACCCGCGGGGGAUGCUACCGGCAGCGGAGCCUUCCGUUUCGGCGCAACUGCGGGCGAUUCCACGAUCGCGCCCAAACCCUUUGCAUUUAGCUCGGUGCCUAGCGGCACUUCAGCGAACAACGGAAAGCCCGGGGACAACAACAGCAGCACUGCCGCUGCUGCUGCGCCCGCUAUCUCCCUGUUCGGAGCUGCUCCCGCAUCCUCUGCAGCACCAGCAGCGACCACUGCCGCUGGUGCCGCCGCCGCCAGCAGCAGCGGCAGCGGCGCAGCGACUCUGUCCGGAUCCACCUUUGGCAGUGCGGCCGCCACCUUUGCUUUCGGCGCCGCGCCGGCAACGACCGGCACAGAUGCCGGGAAGAAGGAGGGCGCAGGCACUGCGCCCGCGUUUGGGUUCUUUGGGGCACCUGCUGCCACUGGGGGCUCGGCGCCUGCCUUCUCCUUUGGCGGCUCCACGGCCCCGGCGUUCUCGUUUGGGGGCGCAGGGGCUGCGACAGCUCCUGCGGCGGCAGCGGCAGGCGGGGGUGACGACGAGGAGGACGGCGAGGCGGAGGCGGAGCAGGACGAGUGCGCCAAGGGGCCGAGUCUGGUGGUCGACGACAAUGUGGAGAUCCUGUUCCGCGAGAAGGCUCGGCUGCAGUUGCCGGUCAAGGCGGCGGAUGGGAAGCCGGGCUGGGAGGCCAAGGGCGUAGGCCGCCUGUCGGUCCGCAGGGCCAAGACGGAGGGCGCCAAGCCGUACAUUACGCUGUACACGGACGCGGGCCGCUGCCUGUACACGGCCUACUUUAACAAGACCAUGAAGCUGGUGGUAAGCGACAAGAUGAAGAGCGUGGGGCUCACCACUGCUUGGAGCCCGGAUGGACGGUCGCCGCCCGCGUUGAGUUCAGCAUUGUUCCAAAUGGCAGCGGGCAAGAACCGGCAGUUUGAGAAGGUAAUCACCAAGCUUCAGUCGGAGAUGGCCGAGUAACAUGGCGUGCGUGGGGCAGCGCGUGAGAGUUGUGUGAUGUGGUAGUGAGUUAACACUGUCUCGCGCGGGGCUGAGGUGUGUUAGGAAAACUGGCCGCGAGUUGAGGUUUGCGUGUGUUGGGAUUAGAUAUUGGUGGAGUGUAGAUGGGCAUGCGAGGACUUGCUGAACGGUUUUUGACUUUGUUGGAUGCGCGGUUGUGACAUUUCACUUGUGUCUAGUAUUGGAUGGUUGCAUGCGGUUAGGUUGGUGGUGAAGACGGUGGUAGAGGAGGGGAAUUCCCAGGAGGUGUCAAUUGCUGCGUGUUCUGUGAAAGGGGCUAAGGGUCGCACUAGGGUACGCAGGUGGUUAAAAGUCAACAGAACUGUUCACCUUAAAGCACACGCGGGGGCCAUGCUCCCAAGGUGUAACCUGGUUUGGCGAAUGUGCAACUUCCCAGUGGCGGC